UAUUCAUUAAAAUAAAAUGGAAUUUGAAGCUUAAGAAAAUUAAGGGAAUAACUCUAUAUAAGGAGUUAUAAAUCUUGAUCCUUAAGUGAAUUAAGUCUAGGCAUAACAAUAGGAAAUCACAAUUAAAUAAACAGAUAUAUAAGUUUCUAGUACUUUAGAGGAAAGUGUAGCAGUCACAUUAGUAUAACUAAAUUUUAAUCUUAGCUUCGAGAUUUAAGAUAGAUAGGAGUAAAAUUAAGAUGCGUUUUAGUACCUACAAUGUCAUCUAAUAAUGCUAAAGAACUAAGAAAUUGUAAUUGAAUUAAAUUUGAUAUUUUAGGGGAUUUGUGGGGACCAUUAAUAUUUUGUUUAAUGUUAGCAUUGUAUAUUUUAAUUAUAUUUGAAGAACUUUAAGUAUGAGUGGAAAUAAUAAUGAUGGUACAGGAAUAUUUGCUACUAUUUUUGUAUUGAUUUGGAUUGGAUCCUUUGUAGUUACUCUUAAUGCAUAAUUAUUGGGUGGGAAAGUGUAAAUAUAAAAUUUAAUAAUUAAGUUCAUUUUUCUAAUCUGUUUGUGUAUUGGGAUAUUGUGUUUUUCCAAUUAAUUUAGGGGCAUUAUUUACACUCAUUUUCUCCUUUUUUUAUUUGAAGAUGUUUUUAGUGAUUGGUUGCUUUUUAUGGUCAACAUAUUGUAUUAUUAUUAUUUAUUCUAGCUGCUGUUGGAUUUAUGAAAUUAUUAAUACCAGAAUAAAAAAGAAUAUUAGCACUUUAUCCAGUGAUUUUAUUUUAUUUGUUCUUAAGUUGGUUUGCUUUGAUUGUUUGA